GUUCAGUUGGGUUGUUUUACCGCUGUUUUACCCGUUUUACCAUGCAGUCCCUGGUGUUUAUCUGCAGCCGUUUCAGAGAUGUCAUUUGUAUCCGUCUUUAUCAUUAUAGAAAUCUAUCUUCACAAGGCCUUCUAGAAAUAUCAAGAUGAAAACGCUUGACACAAUCACCUACUCAUUUUCCAUGAUGGACAAUGGGGCGAUUCUCCUUUUGUUGGUAUACUUUCUGAUAACAUUGUCUGAUCUGGAGUGUGAUUACCUGAAUGCUAGAGAGUGCUGCAGUAAACUGAACUGGUGGACGCCGUGGCUGCUCGGCGGCCAGGCGCUGCUCUCGGUGGUGCUGCUGUUCUCAGGCCACUGGCUGCUGUGGCUCCUCAAUGUGCCCGUCCUAGUCUGGCUCGUGUACAGACAAUGGUCGGUGAGGCCGGGCAACAUCGGCAUCUACGAUCCCGCCGACAUUCUGAACGGCGGCCAGCUGCAGCGGCACACGCGAAACACCAUGGUCUUCAUCACGUUCUACCUCAUCUUCUUCUUCGUCUACCUAUACCUGUUCAUCUUAGCGCUGCUGCAGACAGAUGAGAAGCCUCCGCCACCGAUAUACGAGCCACGCCACCUGUAGGACCGUCUGGGAACUCUGAAAGUCGCCGCUGCCGCUGGAGGGCGCCAGCAGCUGCGGACCAUCCUAGUCAUGGAUCGCCGAACGGUAUGGGUCGUCACGGAUGUGGCUGGUUGUCAUGGUCACUGGGACCAUGUUGCCAUGGCGACUGUGGAGUUGUUUGGUCUGUUUUGUGAUGAGGCUGCUCCGUCCGACACGAAGCAGCAGAGGCGGGUGGGAUGGGCGGGAGGCGUGGCUCACGUGUGAGUGUUUUUGCGCAAUAGACACUGGGCAGGGAUCUGGCGACCAUCGGGGCCGGAUGGGAUAAGGCGUUAGGUACGGAAGGGAAUGCGAUUGAAUCAUGAUAACACGCUACCAAAGUGCCGCUGUGACCAAACUGAAGUCAGGGUCCCUUUCAAUAAUGAUAAUAAAUGACCGUUGAUGUGUUCUGAUCAGCAGCGAUCAGUUUGCGGCCAAUUUAAGAAUAUCUGCUUUAUAUUUGCGAUCAAAGCUUCGGCAGCUAACUUAUAAGAAAGAACUGGCAUGCCUUUAACUUGGCCAUGUUAUUCCUGCGUUCAUUCAGACAAAAGUGAUCGCUCAAGCAGGCUAACAGUCAGCUUAGCAGGUAUCUGUUUUGUCUAAUUAAUUUGUGUGCCAAUAUUUUGUUUUUACCAUAUCCGUUUCUGUUACGGUGCCUGCUGUCGAUGACCCUUUUUGAGCCUUCCAAGGAUGUCUGAACAAAAACGGUCGUCAGGGCGUGCAAAAACUGCUUAUGCCGUGCACACCCUGUGCCAUUCAAACUCGGAAUGUUCUGGGUGAUGAAAGCUGCUGACAGUUUUAGGAGCGGUCCGUUCCGAGAAUAUCCUCUGUCCGUUAGACAUAGGUCAUGUGAUGUUCAAUUGUGGUAUGAUUUGAUACGAAUUGAGCUUAGCGGCAUCGCAAUGCGUCAUCGUUUGCUGUUGUGUUUCACGCAAAAAGGUUUGAUGUCUCUUAUGUAAAUGUGAAGUGGGAAUGCGGCCCGUGAAUGUGGUUUGAACGUGAUCUCCCCGCUUUCAUUUAACUCAGUUUCCAGAAAAGAAAAGUGUCAUUGACGAAAGAGCCCACCUUCCUAUUUCGUUAAGGACGUUCGAUAUGGAACACUCGUGUCUUUGUGCAGUGUGCACUGUUCUGCGAGUGUAUCUGCCAGCUCAACCGCUGCCCGAGUGUCUGACAGAAGGACCGCCCUCUGAAUACACCAUCUCUCCAUUUUUA